AUGUCGGGAUCAUACACCGAAACCGUUACAAGUGACUCAAACCAGAAGGAGAAGAAACUUGACCUCCAAACAUGUCCACCUUACCACAUUGAGAAGCGACCACAUAAUUUGGGGCAAUUCCCGUUAGAUUCUCCAAGACUGGUGUGCGCUCAUCUGACGACUUGGGUGCUUUACUUCGGCUACUUGGCGUGGCGGGUAAAGCUCACCUUGGGCCUGUCGGUACCAAAUAAAGCUGUCUGGUGCUUUUUGUGGCUCAAUGUUUUGAUAGAAGUGACAAGCACCAUUCUGGAGUUUCUCUCGCGGUUUGAGACGUUCCUCUAUAUCGGAUGGGGCCGGAGACCGGUCCAUCGGCCCUCUUUCUAUCUGCAUGGAGAGCAUGCGCCAACAGUCGACAUCUGCAUUACUUGUUGCGGAGAGCCGCUGGAUGGGAUUAUGGACACAAUCGCUGGUGCGGCUUCUCAAGAUUAUCCUCAAGACCGAUUUCGUGUUUUUCUACUCGAUGAUGCGAGGGAUACCGAGUUACAAAAGGCAGUGAAGAAGUUCAAUAACGGGCGACACGGCUUUCAGAAAGUUGUGUACCUUGCUCGGGAAAAGCCGCCUGGUGUCCCACAUUAUUACAAGGCGGGUAACCUGCGAUACGGCCUGGAAGAGAGUGCUCGUCGGAACGGAGGCUCUGAGUUCGUUGCAGGCCUGGAUGUGGAUAUGAUUCCUGUCAAAGACUGGCUGAGGCGUGUUGUUCCUCAGUUGUUGGUGGACGGAAGCGCAGCAAUGGCUGUCCCACCGCAGCGAUUCUACAAUGCUCCCAAGGGUGAUCCCCUCGGGCAGGACACAAAUGUCUUCGCGGGUCUGUCCGAACCGAUCAAUGACAGUUUGGGAGGAACAUGUUGCACUGGUUCCGGAUAUGUCAUGCGGCGCAGCGCUUUGGAUAGCAUCGGUGGCUGGCCUCUGCAGAAUGCAGGUGAAGAUAUCUUAUGUGCUUGGCUUCUGGCCGACAAAAGCUGGCGCAUUACGUUUGUGAGAGACGAAGUGCAGUAUGGCCUGGCUCCUGAUUCCUUGGCUGCGUGGUUCAAGCAACGUGCACGAUGGACGGAUGGAAACAUCCUUUCAUACCGAAAACUUGGCUGGUUCUUCUUCAACACUGGUGUCCCUGGUCAGAGAAGCCUACUACAGCGCAUCGUAGGCUUCUGCCACGUUGUCAAAACCUACACAGCUAUUCCGAACAUCUUUAUGAUCCUCUUUGUUCCGUGGAUCUCAUGGCCUGUGGUAUCAGGAACGAGCACUGUGUCUGCCUCGCAGGAAAAGCAAAUGCGACGACUAUACCUUGUGCUUCUAACGGCCACAAUACUACACAAAUUCUGCUACAUCCGCAUGCACGGCGGUAUCGGUAUCCAAGCAGCCAAGAACCAACAAGCAAACCGGUUCUGGAACACGCCACUAAACGCCACCCGCAUCUUCCGUUCAUGGAUACCCGGCAACAUCGUCAGCUUCGAAAUCACCGGCACGGUAGUCUCGUCAAUAAACGAGCGAUCCGCCCGUCACCGAAAGCCAUUCUGGACUCGGGUAUGCACUCCGAUGAUCCUUAUGUACGUGGGAUGGAUUUCGUAUGCUAUGAUACCAGUUAUCUGGCGGUUGUGGUUCUACGCUACUAGGCCGGAAGGACUUAUGGGGGUGCGGUAUAUGGCGCAGCCGCCCACUGUGCCUGAGAGACGCCAAUUGCUGAGUAAAGAUACGGAUGGGGUCUAUCGGCCGAGCACAUUCCACCGCCCUUCGGAUAAAAUGGUGAGCUGGAAAGAUGUGGUAGAGGUAUUGAUCAUCGUAUGCGGAAGCUUGGGUGUUCUUUGA